UAUGAAGACCCGAUCGAAGAGGUAGAGAGGCGUCUCAUGAUUGCUAGCGGCCUUCCAAACCGUUCAGCGGCAACAAUACGAAAACAUAUGGAAGAAAGCCUAAGGCCAGACCAACCAGGAAUAUAGAUUAUGAGCAUUGAUAAUAAUAGCAAAUGCGUCCGAAGCAAAUACUUUGUUGCCAAGACUGAUAUGGAUGAGAGCCUUUCCGACUUUCAAGAAGCUAAACAAAGUUGUAAAGGACCUAAACCAGCUACAAAAGCAGCUAAACCUAAGACUAGGAAGGUAACCAAACGCAUUAAGGGCCAGAAAGACAUAAGAACAGCUUUAAAACCUAAGAAAAAUGAAUUAGAGGCAUACACAAAAGAGUUUGAUAAUGUCUGCAAGAAGUCUGGUCUCGAUGUAGAUUCUGAACAAUUGCAUCUAGCUAUAGCAUUGUCUAAAUCACUCCAAACAGAAUCCAAUGAGAAUGAGUGCACACCAACUUUAUCUUCGCAACAAAGAGUAGCAAAAAUCAGGAAAACAUUACAAGAAUAUGGUUUUAAAGUUCCCGAGGCUAAGAUAACUGCUGUUAAAAGAACUAGAAAGCUUAGAAAAGAUUAUAAACUCCUAACGACAUCUGAAGAAGAAAAACAUCAAAUUGUAACCAGCAAAUAUUCACAAGUACUCUUUGGAAAUCUUGAUAAAUCUUGUACAGAAGAGAAUAGUCAAGAUUUGGAUGCAAGAGUUUUCCAUAUAGCAUCCAACAUCUUGUAUGAAUGCAUGAAAGAUAAUUGUAUAUUCUAUGUAGAUGAUUUAGUUGAGAAGUCAACAAGUAAUGGUGCUUUACUGAGAGACUGGUCUGAAAUCCCAGGCAGACCAGUGAGUCCAAAGCCUGAAGAACCAAUCAGAAUGGAUUUUAAAGACAUUGAUUGUUCUCAAGACGAGCUGGAUGUAAUUCUGAGUGGUUCUAUCAAGUCUGUCAAAGACGUUUUAGAUAAAUAUAAAGAAAUUAAACAUGAUGUGCCUAGUAUAGUAAUUGAUGAGGAAGAUAAAGUUGCAAAUAAAAUGGAUUCUAGUAUUAUAAGUAUUGAUGAUAAUUAUGAUGUUGAAAGAAUUAAUAAAUCACCAUUUGAAAAAGCUUUUGGUGUGCAAUCUCCAAUCAAAAAGGUUGGUGCAAAAACACCCGUGAAAAGGCUAUUUGAUGAUGAAUCAUGUGCAAAUGAUGUGAUAGAAAUAAUAUCACCUAUAAAGGGAAAAGUUGAGGGUAAUAAUGCUGAAGAAGUAGAUACUGAGUAUAAACUAAGAGUAACUGAGCAAUACAGGAGUGUUUCACCAGACAUAUUUGAUGAUGAACUGUCUUCUAUAAUAGAUGUUUCCAAACCUAUAAAUGUUUUGUCUCAAGAGCAUAAAACUAAAGUAUUUUCACAAGAUAACUUUAUGGAUCUGACUCAGUGUGCUAAUGUUAAUGUGUUAUCACAGAAUUCUGAGAAAGGUUCUCUUUUAUCUCAAGAUGUAACAAAGAGAAGAUCAAAUGAUUUUAUGGAAAUCACUGAGUGUAUUGCUGGGUCUUCUCAGCCUAUUAGAGAAGGAUUCAAAGAGAUUGACUUGACACAGAGCCCUGAAGCUAACAAUACAAUUAAGGAAGGCAAUACUAGUAUUAACGUAGAUAAGGUAAGUGUAAAUAUUUCUAUAGAUAAUGAAUAUGGUACUAGUGAUAGUGUCAGUCAAAAUGUUACAGAUGAACAGAACGUAACAGUAGUUCCUAAUGACAGAAAUAAUUUGGACAAAGAAGAGGAAAAUGUAGAUUUGACACAAAGUUCAAAUGAAGAAGAUAAAGGUAUGGAAGUUAUAGAUGAUAAAAGAGAUGGAGAAACAGUGAAUUUAACACAAUCUUCUAACUCUGAUGAUUUAGAUGAGCUACCUUCAGUCAAUUUCGGCGAUUCGCACGUCCAAAAAUCUUUAGAUGACACUAUAAUUGUAGAACCAGAAGAAUACAUCUCAAAUGGCAAAGUUAAACAAUCUAUGCUAUUUGAAAAUAGGGUGCAAAGUCCUGUGUUUGAUUUAACACAAGAACAAGACGCUGAAAGUGAUUCUAGCCCUGUUUUGCCAAAGGAUAAUGAACCUUCUACCAGUUUUUAUGAAGACUUUGUUCAUGAUCAUUCAGAAUCUGAUAUAAGUAAAGAAAUAGAACGAAAUGUUGACAAUAAUAGUGCGUCUAAGGAAGAAACAGAUGAUAUAGAUUUAACACAAAGUUCAGGUACAUCCGAAGUGAUGUCUAAUCCUAUUGAAAGACAACAAAGUAUUCCUAACAAUAGUAGUUUAGGAAAAAAUGGUGACAUUUCAAUAGAUUACGACGAAAUUGUUACUGAAGAUAAUAGUUAUAACACUGAAGGUUUCAAAGAAAAUGAUCCAGAUGGUAGUAUGACCAUAAAAACUGAUCCAACUACAUCCAAAGAUGUAAAUGCAAUAGAAAUUGUAGAUGACAACGAUGAAGCUUUAAAUUCGAGUCAAAAUUCCGAAGUAUUUCAUAUAUCAGAUAAAGAAUUAGAUUAUUCUCUACACAAAUCGAGAUACGAGCUUCCAAGAGACAAUUUUGAAUUCGGCGGCAUUUCUGUUUUGGAUAACAUUACUAGACUAGAUGGUACUAGAAAUUUAAGUGAAAUUGGUCAAAGAGUUUCAGCUAUAAAUGAAAAUGCUAUAGACAGUCUUCCAGAUAUUAAUUUUGGAGAUGAAAAUGAGAAAGUUAUUGAGAAAUCUGAAGUACACGUUAAUAUGGAUAUUAGUUCGGAAGAGUUUCAAGAUGUUUUGGCCAAUACGAAUGGUGUAAUUAAUGUUAAAACGCCUAAUAAGUCUGAGUACGUUAUUAAAACUUGUGACGUCACGCCUAUGUCGGAUUAUGCGGCCAUGUCGACACCGGAAAGGAAUAGAGAGCUGGAUAAAUAUGGAUUGAAGCCUUUUAAGAGAAAAAGAGCUAUAAAGAUACUCACGCACCUCUACAAUCAAAUGCAUCCGACAGUACAACAGCUAGUCGACGAAGAGCAGCCUUCUUGCAAAAAACCAAGAUUAACAUUAACACAAGAUUCAUCACCGACAAAACUUCCAAAAUCACCUUCCAAGUCAAGCCAAAUUCGACCUAAAUCGUCUCCAUUGAAGACCCAAAAUGGUACAGCACACUCUUCAAAUACAAAUAGUAAUGAGUUAGAAAGAGAUAGGUGUAUAUUAUCAGCUCCUACUUCGAAGGUUGAUGAAAAGAGUUCAGAAGUGUGUGCUUAUGAAGUGAGCAGUGAACUUGCGGUUGUGAAGGCAAUUGACUGCAGUCCUGAUGAUUGGGUGUUUCAGAAAAGAGAGAAGGCUAAGGUCCAUUCAUGCCGCGUGCCACUUCACAUAGCGUUCCACAACUACGUGUUGAGUCGCCGGUCUCUAAGAGAGGCCAUACUCAAGUACGAGCCGGUGAACAUCGACGUCAUACACAAGGACUUGGUCGGGUAUGGACAUCGGUAUGAUCCUAAGGUCCAUUCAUGCCGCGUGCCACUUCACAUAGCGUUCCACAACUACGUGUUGAGUCGCCGGUCUCUAAGAGAGGCCAUACUCAAGUACGAGCCGGUGAACAUCGACGUCAUACACAAGGACUUGGUCGGGUAUGGACAUCGGUAUGAUCGUAAGGAAGAGGAGGUCGAGGCUUUGGCCUCCAUAUAUGGAGACGAUUGGCUCGUGGAGAGCCAUAAAACGAGAUCGUAUAGCAUAAAAAUAACGACAAAGAAAUUGGAGGCUACAUUAUAUGUGACUAUGCCAAAAUCUUACCCUUCCCAGUCACCCCGCUACGAACUUUCCGCGCCCUGGAUGGAUCGGAACGACAAGGCACAACUGCAUCAAGCUUUAGACGAAAUCUAUUCAGAGAAUGUUGGUGAAAGUGUAAUUUUCCAAUGGGUAGAGAAGAUACGAGAGGUGAUGCUGACUAUAAAACCAAGGAAAAGAGAAAUGAAUAGGAAGAAGAGCCGCUCUAAAUCCAAGUCUCCCACGGAAUCUAUGACAUCAUUGCUAGAAAGUGCGUGUCCGGAAAUAAUCCAUGCUGAAGUAAUUAUUGACAGAAAGAGUAUAUUCCAAGGUCAUGCAGCUGAAGUUCAUUCCAUUGAUGAUGUAAAUACGGUCCUCACAAAACUGAAGACGAACAAAAAAAUUAAUAACGCGAAACACAACAUGUUCGCUUACCGCAUCCAGAAGAAGACUGGCAAGGGUACCACCAUCCUGCAGGACUGUGACGACGACGGCGAGGCGCACGCCGGCGGCAGGAUGCUGCAUCUACUGCAGAUUUUGGACCAGAAGAAUACACUAGUUGUUGUGACUCGCUGGUACGGUGGCAUACAGCUUGGCCCCGACAGAUUCCGUCACAUCAACAAUGCCACGAGACAGGCUAUCCAACAAGCUGGACUUUUGAAUAAAUGACAGACUGCGUAGCAGUUAAUUAUAGUGUAUGUUAUAAAAUUGUGAUGUACAGGUUGUGUUAGAAUGAACGAAAGUUUAUUCUAGUACAUCUUGUCGGUACUUAAAAUUAUUGAAUUUUCUACUGUAAUGUAACACGAUAGAGUCCAAUCUGAUAGCAUUUGGUUGUAAUUUUUUUUUAAAGAUGACUUGUGUUGUAUUUUUCUACAUUAGGUAGUAACAGAUUUUAGUCCUUUAGCUAUCAAAAUCCUACUUCAAAGAAUAAUUUUGUCAUAAUGAAACUGUUUCUCUGUACCCAUAGAACGAGUUUGCUUUACGAAAACGAAACGACAGCGCGUUCGGCGCUCUGAUUGGCCGGCUCGAAAGAACCAACCAAUCAGAGUGUCGAACGCACUCGUUAAACGUAAAACAGACUCGUACUAAGUUUUUUAUUAAAUCCAACUAAACAGUAAUAAACCUAGUAGUGCCUUUGCAUAUUAAUCAGAUGUCAAGAAAUAUUUUAAUUAUAACAGCUUAUACACCCUUUUCGCAGAUAGAUCUUAACUAUACGAUACCACAAGUCUAUACAUAUAUAUAAUUGUAUUGUUUUAAAUACACCUAUAGAGGAAUGAUAUACAACUUUAUACCUUAUGACAGUAAUAUUAUAGUCGAUUUUCAAAAACAGUUGUCACCAUGUAGGUGUUCAUUUCUGUUAUAAGACUUAUUAGUAGUAGCUAUGUAUUUUUUAGUGGAACAUAGUAAUGUUUGUGAUUUUAUUAGAUCUUGUAUGUGUAUAUUAAUGUUUAAUUGUAAAUAUUGUUCCUGUAAGAGUGUAAAUUGUUCAUAGAUUUUCUUAUUACUUACCAAAUAGAAUUGAUAUUAUGUGUAAAUGAAAUUAUUAAGCUAUCAUUUUGAGAAAUUAACAUUUUAAGUUGAUACUAAAUCUAAUGUAAUUAAAUAUAUUUUGAUGCUGUGAAAUUGUAAAUGAAAAUAAAAGUCUUUAAUUUGUAAAAUAAAUGUAUUAUGGUGUA